UUGUAGUCGUCGUCGCGCCGGAUAGUCGUGUUUGUUUUUCGUAUGCUCUAGCCUAGACCUACGUUCAGAAUGUUCUUGUUGGUGAUGACGUGAGUUGUUCUGUACGGUUAGUUUUGAUUCGCAGUUAUCGUGGCAGGUGAAAAAGUUGUUUAUCAAGCGAAAUUUGAACCUAGAUUAUUUAUUCGUGUGCUGAAGAAUCAGUUGGGUCAGUGAUUGAUUCCGGAAUAGUGAAAAUGAUAUCGUACCGAAUGGAUGAUAAAAUUGUGUGUUGAAAGAUAAAAUAAACAAGUUUGGCGAUAACGAAUUUCACACCUGCUUGUUGAUCGGCGAAAGGCUAAAAAAUAUCGGUUUCAAAUUUACACAGCAAAUAUAAAAAAGCACGGUGGAUUGCAGCAGACGCGAAAGUUACUGCAGAUUUCGAAGGGGUUUUGCACACCUUGCACUUACACGAGGGGAGCAGUAAAAUAAACCUCGCAAAUCAACACCUAAUCCGCUAGGAACACGACCUGAUAGUCGAUAAAAGUCACCUGAGGUAAAGCGAUUUUCCUACAACGGUCGCAGCGUCAUAUCCCGACCAGUCGCAAUGAGCUUGGGGAUUAAAAUGUGUACGCCGUAAAAAGGCAAACGAAUGGUGGUGCCUUUCAUAGUGUGUUCAGUAUAUCCCCGCGGGUAUUGUGAUAAAGUGAUUUUUAUCGAUGACAUAAAAAGAGCUAAGCUGGUAACACGAUAAAAGUAAGGGUUAGUGACUGGUGAUUAAGUAUCUAAAACUUACAAAUGAGAUAGAUUAGUGAACGGCACAAAUAUGUCUGACAUCUGUGAUUUUGAGUGGUCCAACAACCGGUUCCGGCACAACUUAACCAUAUCGGACCUGAAGGGAUACAAUAAACAUGAACCCGCGGACCGAAUUCGAGCUCUGAAGGCACUGAAGGAGCUGAUUGGAGCCAGUAUGGAUUAUGCCCUCAAAGAUAAAUCCUGCUUCCAGGAUGACGAAUUCCUGUAUCGGUUUCUGUAUGCACGAAAAUUCAACGUCAAUGAUUCGUUUCAACUUGUGAUAAAUUAUCAUGCGUAUCGACAACGAAAUGGUUCGCUUUUGCAGAGGUUAUCCGUACUAGAUGAGAAUAUUCAGCUGGCACUGAGAGAUGGUUUUCCAGGUGUGCUCCCCAACAGAGAUCGGCGGGGUAGGAAAGUGUUAAUUUUCUUAGCAGCCAAUUGGGAUUACUCGUCGUACUCGCUAGUCACAGUGUACAGAGCGAUGCUGUUAUCACUGGAAAAACUAUUGGAGGACAAGCAGAAUCAAGCCAAUGGAUUCAUUGCGAUCGUGGAUUGGACAAAUUUUACCUUCCGGCAAUCGUCUAACUUGAAUCCGAAGGUUCUGAAACUGAUGAUAGAAGGUUUACAGGAUUGUUUUCCUAUACGCUUCAAAGCGAUCCAUUUCAUCGGUCAACCGUGGUAUGUGGAAGCGGCACUAGCAGUAAUACGACCAUUCCUGAAGGAGAAAACACGCGAAAGGAUAAAAUUACACGGCGGUAACCUGUCCACAGUGCAUGACUGCAUCGCUCGCGAUAUCCUACCGACGGAGCUGGGUGGCGAAGGGCCCACCUUCAAUCCGCUCAACUGGUAUCACGAGCUGCUCGAAUCAAGCCAAAUCUCUACUACCAAACCUGCGCCAUCCUACAUUCUAAGUCAGCCCCAGUUCUACACGAAACCCCCGACGCUGAUGGCCACCGCUGCCGCCAACAUCGCAACGACGACGGUGGGUUCGGAUUUCCUGAAAACUACCAAAGCCGCUGCGGUGAAGAUCGGUGUCCUCACGACCAAGGCGAACGAUCCCGCCGCCAAUAUGCUGCUCGGUGUGGGGAGUGACACGUGACGGCCGCACAGCAUUUCCACCAUCACCACCACCACCACCAGUGCGGACCUGCGCCAGCACUUGGUGGAGUCUGAUUCGAUUUCCUGAUGAACGGUUCUGAUCUCAAAUUUCCAUACUCAUUCGUUCGUUGCAAAAUGCUGGCGACGAAUAUCGUCAAAAGAGACAUCGUUGCUUGUUUACGUUUAGAAUUAAAAGUAUAGCGAGUGUGACUGCGGAGCCCCGAGAGUGACAACGUUCGAUAUUACCUUUCUCUUUUGGAUCGACAGACGAACGCUAAUUAAAUUUCAUGUGCGUCUCUUUGAAUGUACGUCGUUUAGGACAUACUGCUGUCGCAAUUAGCCCCGUUCAAGAACCCACAUUGCGGCUGAGCAGUAAUUUCAUACUAAACGUAUGCGCAAUCCUUUUUGGACAGAAUAGACGCCAAGUCGACGGAAGGUCGAAUUGAUUAAAGAAUAAAGAUAUAUGAAUUGUUUUGAUCCGCUAAUGAAGAAUUGAGAAGAAAAAAUCAGCAAAGAAAAGAUUGUUAAAUGAGCUUACAUCUUCCCAGAACUGAACGACGAUUAUGUAGAUUAGGUGAUAUGACGCAUUGCAGACAGUUCAAUAAAUAGAGUGAUGAGCUUUACUAACGAUAUUUCGUAUGUUUCUACUAUACCUACAAGUACGAAUGGAUUGACAAUAUUUCGACUACUGUUUCGUUGCUUUUACGGCUAUACCAAACGAUAUUGAAUUGAUAUAGGGCAGUGUUUAGCGGGGUACAUUAGUCUCUUUCUCUAUUUAUAUGUAGGUUAUGUUUCCAGUUAAAAGAUCACGAGAGUUUUGAGCAUUUAAUUACACUACUGUUGGAACAGUUUCAACAAUACUACAUAUAAUAAUCGAAUCCGUCCAUAUUAUGCAAAACAGUAAUUCUAGCGUAUACUUUACGAACGGUUAGCUUAGUAUAAGCAGUAAGAUAUUUAAGUCAUUAAUAUUUCCUAUUUUGUAAUUUACAAACGAUUGUGAAAUAACUACUAUUUAGUAAACAACUAUUAAAGGAAGCGAAUCGUCCGCAUU